CCGCCCCUCGCUGGCCGAUCGGAGAUCGACCGCAAUGUCUGCGCUCUCCGCGUUCUUCUGGUGCUGCCUUUUUGGUCCCCACGUGGGUAGGCCGGUAAUGGCGGCGCUGGUUAAGUCCGAGGCUACGGAGCCCGGCGGUGGAAGCGGCCCUGGCAGAGGUCGAGCCCCUCGGGGCCGCUUGGCCAAUCAGAUCCCCCCUGAGAUCCUGAACAAUCCCCACCUGCAGGCAGCCAUUCAAGUCCUGCCUUCCAACUAUAACUUUGAGAUCCCCAAGACCAUCUGGAGGAUCCAGCAAGCCAAGGCCAAGAAGGUGGCCUUGCAGAUGCCUGAAGGCCUCCUCCUCUUUGCCUGCACCCUUGUGGAUAUCUUGGAGAGGUUCACAGAGGCAGAAGUGAUGGUGAUGGGGGACGUGACCUAUGGGGCUUGCUGUGUGGAUGAUUUUACUGCAAGGGCCCUGGGAGCUGACUUCCUGGUGCACUAUGGCCACAGCUGCCUGGUUCCCAUGGACACUUCAGCCCAAGACUUCCGGAUGCUGUAUGUCUUUGUGGACAUCCAGAUAGACACUACCCACCUGCUGGACUCUGUCCGCCUCACCUUCCCCCCAGCCAGUGCCCUGGCCCUGGUCAGCACCAUUCAGUUUGUGUCAACCUUGCAGGCAGCUGCCCAGGAGCUGAAAGCUGAGUAUCGUGUGAGUGUCCCACAGUGCAAGCCCUUGUCCCCUGGGGAGAUUCUGGGCUGCACGUCCCCCCGCCUGCCCAAAGAGGUAGAGGCUGUUGUAUACCUUGGAGAUGGCCGCUUCCAUCUGGAAUCUGUCAUGAUUGCCAACCCCAGUGUCCCUGCUUACCGAUAUGACCCAUAUAGCAAAGUCCUGUCCAGAGAGCAUUAUGACCAUCAACGGAUGCAGGCCAGCCGCCAGGAAGCCAUCGCCACUGCCCACUCAGCUAAAUCCUGGGGCCUUAUCUUGGGUACUUUGGGCCACCAGGGCAGUCCCAAGAUUCUGGAGCACCUGGAAUCUCGGCUCCGAGCCUUGGGACUUCCCUUUGUAAGGUUGCUGCUCUCUGAGAUCUUUCCCAGCAAGCUUAGCCUACUUCCUGAGGUGGAUGUGUGGGUGCAGGUGGCAUGUCCACGCCUCUCCAUUGACUGGGGCACAGCCUUUUCUAAGCCACUGCUGACACCCUAUGAGGCGGCGGUGGCCCUACGGGACAUUUCCUGGCAGCAGCCCUACCCCAUGGACUUCUACGCCGGCAGCUCACUGGGGCCGUGGACCGUGAACCACGGACGGGACCUGACCGCCCAUGCCCCCGGCCGGCGGGCGCGGGGGAAGGUCCAGGAGUCCACGCGUCCCUUGCCAGACACGGCUUGCGAGGGUUGCAGCUGCAGAGCCGAGAAGGUGACGCCGCCUGCUCCCUAAGGUACUGCUGGUUCUCAGGGCCCUGCCUUCCGGAGGAGCAGCCUCGAGGCUGGUGGUUUUCAGAACAGGAGACAGACGUUUUCUCUGCACUGAAAGAGCCCGCGGUGUGCAGAGGUCUGGAGGAAGCCCUGGGGACGGUGGCACAGGCGCUGACCAACCUGGGGCCUUUUGAUGGGAUCCUUGGUUUCAGCCAGGGGGCCGCGCUAGCAGCCCUGUCAAGUAUGCAACUGGCUGGCCGAUUUGCUGGAGCCAUCACCCUCACCCAUUCUGGUGGCCACUUCAUUCCAGCAGCUGCACCCCAACGCCAGGCCUACCUCAAUUUCUUGGACCAGUUUGCAAAGUGAAAGAUCCCUUAUAUCCCCUACAUGACCUUUGGGCAGCUUCUGUAGUCUCUUCCCUCCCUUUUUCUCUCCCCUGGAACCUCAAUGCUGAUAGAGUUCCUCACCAUCACCAAUUAAGAGACAAAUAUGAAUUCUUUAGAUUUUACAAGCCCAGCUCUGCACUCAAGAAAAAAGGGAGCAGAAGAUCUUAAUGGACUUUCAUCUUAACAUGUGACACACAUGAAAAAGGCCAGUGGAGCCCUAGAUGAAUGGAGGGUAACAUGGGAAAAGCUGGGGCUGGCACCACUGUGACUGCCACACAAUAAAGUGUGAUUUGGA